GGCGGACUACGUUCAAAUUGGCAGCAGCUUGGGAGGUGCGCAAGGACGAGCGCCCGCCGACGAACCCAGGAGACGGUGACGGUACGUGGCAUCAUCGGACGUCGAGACAAUCUCUUCCUGUACAUGUGGAUCUUCUCGGAGCAAGAGCUCAUGGACAGUCCGUCGCGCCGGGACGGCGUCCCGCGCCAUACCAUGGACUUGUACCGCAUCCGCUGCUGCGAGUUCAUCGAGAAGAUGGGCGCGAUCUUUCGCCUCCCGCCCCUGUCUAUAGCUAGCGGCAAGAUCUUCUUCCACCGCUUCUUCGCCGUCCAGUCCUACAAGGCCUACGACGCCUGGCGCAUCGCGGCCACGUGUCUCUUCCUCGCGGCCAAAGUCGAAGAGCAUUACAUGAAGAUCCCCGAUUACACAAAGCACUACCUCGCUCAGCGCAAGAAGCUCACACACGACGCCAAGCUGCCCGAGAGCAUCCGACCGAUCAUGCCGACGAACCCGACGGUCGAGGCCGAGACCGAAACCAUCCUCUUCACCGAGUGCAUCCUCCUCCAUGUGCUUGCGUACGACCUCAACGUCAUACACCCGUACACGUUCGUGGCAGACUUUGUCGCAGCCGCUCUGAACGCAGCGGGUGCGGUCUCGGACGCCAACACCAAGGCCUUGAAAAAGGCCGCGUGGAGCUUCAUCAACGACACAUCCAAGAGCACUGUGUGCUUACGCUACAAGCCGCGCCAUAUUGCCGCCGUCGCCGUCUACCUCGCGGGCUGCUACGAAACCCUGUGGCCCACGGGCUCGUUGGCGCCGGACGGGACGCCGUGGUCGACGCUUCUGAGUGUGCCCGACGACGUUCUCCGAGGUUCGGUGGUGAUGGUUCUAACGACCUACAGCCGCGUCGAGUACCACAAGAACCGGCCGCUGGUCCCCGGCAUCCAGCGACUCCUCGAGACCAACAGCAUUCCCAAGCACUCGCAAUAAUGCAAUAGUAUACACCUAGUCCCAUCACAAACGUGUAAACCCUAGCCUUCGUCGUGCA